UGGACGCGUAUGUAGUAAUGUUUGACGUCUGUCCAGGUCACAGUGUUUGUGGCUUUAAUACAGCCUUAAGUUUCUAUUUCCCCUUUCUUCUACGUCAGUGUAAUUAUGCUCUUGAGAUUUUCAAGAGUUAGUCUUAUUCGUCCGCGUUUGCUUUAAAUUUGUCUGUCAAAAUGCGACUCUUAUUUCCUUUGUUACUGCGUUUACUCUCUUUUUUCUAGCCUAUAAAUAUGGGUUUCUAGUUGAGUUUUAUUAUUUGAAAACCUUCCCCAUGUAGUAGUUUAUUUACCUAUCAAAAUGUUGAGUGAUGAGUUUGCUGGUUUGGAGGUGGAGGAUGGAGUGGAAUAUAUGGACACAUCUGACACACCGUGGUACUGGUACUACAAGGAAAAAUGUGGUGUUUGGCACAGGGUUGAGGAUGACCCAACUGGUUUUAUGUCCAGUGAUGAACUAGAGAGAUAUUACCUCAGAAACCCACAAGGGGUUAUAACCAUGGCUACUACUGGAGGUCAGUUCCAGAUUAAUUUUGCAGCAAGCACGCAAGUAAACUUAAAAACUGGGAAAACAAAGCGGAUUAAACGUUCAUUUCAGACUGAGAAUGGAUUCAGAUGCAAAUGUGAUGACAUUUCUCCAUCUUCACCUGCACACUGGGAGGAUGUUGAUCCCAAAAAGCCUUAUCAGUUAAUUUCUCUGCGGAAAGAUAGCAGUGAAUAUCAGAAGGUGGAAAGAUUUGUCAGGGAUGCUGGUUUACUGCAUGAUCCCAUUGUGUCCAUCAAACGAAUACAGAAUUUGGAUCUUUGGGAAUUGUUUUGUAGGAAAAAAAUCCAGUUGAUGAGGAUAAAAGGACAAUCAGAUAUUGAGGAGCAAAUGCUAUUUCAUGGCACGAGUGCAAAAAAUGUGCACUCUAUUUGCACAUUUAAUUUUAACUGCAGACUAUCGGACAAGAAACGAAAGGCACACAUAUUAGGCAAAGGAACCUACUUUGCAAAACAUGCAUCCUUUGCUACCAAAUAUAGUGAAAACACCAGCCAGGGAACCAAAGUAAUGCUGCUUGCCCGUGUUAUUGUCGGGAAGUGCAAAACAGGCCGUCAAGAUUACUGUACACCUGAUGAUGACCUGGAUGAAAAGAUACAUGAUAGCUGUGUAGAUAAUACGCUCUGUCCAAGGAUUUUUGUUAUUUUUGAUUCCAAUCAGAUAUAUCCAGAGUACGUGUUUGAAUAUCGCAGCAAAUAAUUGACUGCAACAGUAAAUGUUGGGAUCUAUAAAACUAUGUGUAAAAUGCCAAAAUGUUAAUAUAAUACAGGUUUAUGCAGAACUAAGGUGUUUUUGGGAAAGUAUUUUUUUUUGCAAAAGGGUCAUUAUUUAAUGCAUUUUAAAGGAUAAAGUUAUUUAAUGUUAUACUGAUUGAAUUUAACAUGUAUUUUCACCCAGAUACACUAAAAGCAUCGGAAGCUCACUUGAAAUAGUGAUUUCACUUCCAUUCUUGGCCAAGAAUCAUACCAAAAAUGUAUUUAUACAAGUUAAAAGAUCACGGAAUAGAUCACCAAAGGAUCAUUAUGGGAGUUGGAGCUCAACAGAAACAUCCCCCCAAAAAACUUAAAGGUGCCAUGUUGAAAAUAAUAACAUUACUUCAGUAUAUCAAUACGCAGACUUAAAUUAUUACUUGCCUAAUGAUGUGCAAACACAGAACUUUUUAAAAAAGAAUCAAUAAAUAUAUAUUAU